CGGCGCGGGAGGCGGGGCGCGAGGAGGGCGGAGGCGCUGGGCUCCGGCGAGGGCGGAGCUGCCCGUGUGCGCCCGCCGCGGUGCUCGCCUCGCACCCGCCCGUCCACAGCCCCGCCACGGGACUCUGACAGCCGCGCGCGGCCCGCGGGGCUCGGGAGCAGCGGCACGAACGGCCCGCCGGGGGCCAGCGCAUCGCGGCGCGCGGGGCCGGCGGGGCGCGCCGGAGGCCCCCCUGGGUGUCCAGGAGUUCAGACGUGUGUCCCGGAGGGCGUGGCCAGGCAGGAGAGCACGGGAGCAUGGGGAUUCCAGCCGGGCUGUGAGGCCUGAGCCCGCCCAGCACUGCUGCACGCGGGCGUCUGCGGUGACGGUGCGACUCCAGCUGCCUUGAUGCUGCAUCCCACAGCCACAGGAAAUGAGCAGGUUUGCCGAGCAACUGCUGGCCUGAGAUUGAAGCCGGAAUCGGCGUUGCUGGGCUCUGGCUGAGAACAUGGCCAAUGGCAUCGACGAGCUCAUCGGCAUCCCCUUCCCCAACCACAGCAGCGAGGUGCUGUGCAGCUUGAACGAGCAGCGGCACGACGGGCUGCUGUGCGACGUGGUGCUGGUGGUGCGGGAGCAGGAGUACCGCACGCACCGCUCCGUGCUGGCCGCCUGCAGCAAGUACUUCAAGAAGCUCUUCACGGCCGGCACCCUGGGCAGCCAGCCCUACGUCUACGAGAUCGACUUCGUGCAGCCCGAGGCGCUGGCCGCCAUCCUGGAGUUCGCCUACACCUCCACGCUCACCAUCACGGCCGCCAACGUCAAGCACAUCCUCAACGCCGCCCGCCUGCUGGAGAUCCCCUGCAUCGUCAACGUGUGCCUGGAGAUCAUGGAGCCCGGCGGGGACGGGCCCGAGGAGGACGACAAGGAGGACGACGAUGAUGACGAGGAGGAGGACGAGGAGGACGAGGAGGAGGAGGAGGAGGAAGAAGAGGAGGAGGACGACGACGAGGAGGAGGAGGACGCGGAGGAUUUUGCCGAUCAGGAAAACUUACCUGACGCCCAGGAUCUCAACUGCCACCCGAGCCCUUCCAGGACGGACCACCUCACCGACAAGCCCUACGCGGACCCUCCCCGGGACUUCCCCGACUCCUUCCCCGCGGGCAGCCCCGGGCCCCUGGGCGUGAUCCGGGACUUCUCCAUCGAGUCCCUGCUGCGGGAGAACCUGUACCCCAAGGCCAACCUCCCGGACAGGAGACCCUCCUUAUCUCCGUUUGCCCCCGACUUCUUCCCGCACCUCUGGCCGGGGGACUUCGGUGCCUUUGCCCAGCUGCCCGAGCAGCCCGUGGACACUGGGCCCCUCGACCUGGUCAUCAAGAACCGUAAGAUCAAGGAGGAGGAGAAGGAGGAGCUGCCCCCGGCCCCCCCGCCGCCGUUCCCCAACGACUUCUUCAAGGACAUGUUCCCCGAGCUGCCCGGGGGGCCGCUGGGCCCCAUCAAGGCAGAGAACGACUACGGUGCCUAUCUCAACUUCCUGAGUGCCACCCACCUGGGCGGCCUCUUCCCGCCCUGGCCGCUGGUGGAGGAGCGCAAGCUGAAGCCCAAGGCCUCGCAGCAGUGCCCCAUCUGCCACAAGGUCAUCAUGGGGGCGGGAAAGCUGCCGCGGCACAUGAGGACCCACACCGGGGAGAAGCCAUACAUGUGCAACAUCUGCGAGGUCCGCUUCACCAGGCAGGACAAGCUGAAAAUCCACAUGCGCAAGCACACGGGGGAGCGGCCCUACCUGUGCAUCCACUGCAACGCCAAGUUCGUGCACAACUACGACCUCAAGAACCACAUGCGCAUCCACACGGGCGUGCGGCCCUACCAGUGCGAGUUCUGCUACAAGAGCUUCACGCGCUCCGACCACCUGCACCGCCACAUCAAGCGCCAGAGCUGCCGCCUGGCGCGGCCCCGGCGCGGCCGCAAGCCCGCGGCCUGGAGGGCGGCCAGCCUGCUCUUCGGGCCGGCCGGCCCGGGCCCCGACAAGGCGGCCUUCGUCGUGCCCCCCGCCGCGCUGGGCGACGUGGGCGGCCACCUGGGCGGCGGCGCCGUGUGCCUGCCCGGGCCCAGCCCCGCCAAGCACUUCCUGGCGGCGCCCAAGGGCGCGCUGAGCCUGCAGGAGCUGGAGCGCCAGUUCGAGGAGACGCAGAUGAAGCUGUUCGGCCACGCGCAGCUGGAGGCCGACGCGCACGCGGGGGGCCUGCUGGCCUUCGCGCUGGCCGAGAACGUGGCCGCCGCGCGGCCCUACUUCCCGCUGCCCGACCCCUGGGCCGCCGGCCUGGCCACGCUCCCCGGGCUCGCGGGCCUCAACCACGUGGCCUCCAUGUCCGAAGCCAACAAUUAGGGGAGGCACGGGGCAACCGGCCGCCCCGGGCCCGCGCCCCUCUCCACCAGCCAGGCCCCGAUCUGUCCCCCUGAACUUUUUAUUUCCAGUCACCGGGGAGAGACAGGGUGGAAAUCUGCAGCAUUGGUACUCCCCGGCCAUCUUACCCGGGUCCCCCUCCCCAAAGGGUCUGGCCUCUCCAGGGCUCUCUCCUAGCCCACCACGCUCUCACUGGGCACCCCGGGGCCACUGAGCAGCCGUGGGGGCCAGGGAGGGAGCUGGCCCAGCCGGAGCCUGUUUGCUGGAUUGGCCACUAGUGCCCCAAUGGUGUGAAUCCCGGACACUUAUUCCGUCCCAUUCCGCAGGGGCCCUCCUGGGAAAGCCCCUCGUUGACUGGGAUGUUCCCCCGACUCAGGAGGGGGCCUCCAGAGGUGUAGACCCUCCUGCUGUCCCUCUGUCCUGUGACCUUGGCUGGGUCAGUUUUCCCCUGCUUUGGAGUGGGGCCGGCAAGCUCCUAUCCCGACUCUCAUCCCCCUGCCCCCUGGCCGGCCCGGCCCACUCACGGCGCUCUCCCAGAGGACACCCACUGGGCCCUGCGCCGUCCAGGGGGCCAGCCGGGCUCUCGGCAGCACUGGGGAGCCACAGGGCCCAACUGGACAGGGGACAGGGCUGGUGUGGGGGGUGGUGAGGGUUGGUCCGCAGCCUGCAGGCCAUUUGGGGGAACCCCAAACCCUACUCUCCUCUCUGGGUAUAGCUGAGCUCCUGGGUGGGGGGGACACCGCGUCCAUUCACGGUACUGAGGUUCCUGGGACCCCUCGAAGGGCUGGUGAGUAUCUCUUCACGUGGGCCUCCGCCUGCCCAGGACCCUCCGUCCAGCUUCCCCACUCUCAGUCGCUGUUGGCUCCCCCUGCUGUGUCCCUCUCUCCUCCCGCCACGGGCCCCAGGAUGUGGGGGCCGCUCCGUCCCUGGGUCAGAGUUUCUUGCCGGGGGAGGGGGGUCUGAGAAGGAGGAGGCCCUGCUGGUGCCGCGCCUUCAGGGUCUUCUCUCCCCGCCCCUUUCUUGCGGAGUUUGGCCCUCAGUACCCCCAAAAGGAGAGCAGGUCCCAUGGGCAGGGGGCCCGGGGCUGGUGGGAGCCCCAGACCCGGAGCUGUGGACACCUGGGCGCUGCCUCUCGCCUUGGCUUCCUGCUGGGCAAACACAGGAAAACAAAAAGGCCAGAGAAGACCACAGACUCGGGCGCCUGCUCCCGGGGAGAGACCCCUGACUCGGGGGCACCCCCAGCUCCAUUCCAGUCCGGGGGCUCGCCCCGGGCCCCUCUGCCCUUCAGAAGUCAUUUGCCCAGCCGCCGCCUCUGUCGUCCCUGUCUCGUGGCCAGCGUUUGUUUCCGGGACCCCACCUGCCGCCUUCCCCUCCCGACCAGGAUGCAAUCAGCCCUCCGAGCGGAAGAGGGGGAAGGAACACGUUGGAAUCCAGCGGUGUUGGGGCUGGGUUUUAUUUUGUAAAGGUUGUGACUUCUUAUAAACCCGAUUUUUCAGACGACUGGUUAGUUCUUUUCAUUUUUCUCUUGGCUGCAAUUUGGAGUUGUACAUUGUAAAAUAUCCAAAGAUGUUCAGUACUGUAUGACCAGGAACUUGAAGCGAAUGGGGUGGGGGUGGGGGAGAGGGCUGGUUGUGUUUUGUUUUGUUCCCUCUUAUUUUUAUUUUUCUCUCCGUGUUUCGAUUUCCCUGUCUGUCUGUGGGAGGACUUUGGAAUUUUUUCUAUUUAUAACUUUUUUUAUGUGAUUGCUUUAUGUAAAAUGACACUCAACAAAGUUUGCCUUAGUGAUUCAAGGGACAAUCUUCCAUAACUUUGGUCGCACGCCGCAUCCUGCCGAGAAAAACUCAGCUACUUUUUCUGGCCUAUUUAUUAAACAAUAUUAAUUGACUUGA